CGCGGCCCCCGCCCCGACCGCCCCCGCCGCCGCUGCUCCUGCUGCCGCUGCCGCCGCUGCUCCGCCGGUUCGCGGCGCGCCCGCCCGCCCGCCUCUGGCCGCGGCGCUACCCGCCGCCCCCCGCGCCGGAGCCCGCGGCGCGCCGCCCAUGCGAGACCCCCGCGGCCCGGGCAGCGCGCAGCGACCCCCGGCCGGGCCAGGCAUGUGAAGAUGUCAGUGGGCUGUGCAUGCCCUGGCUGUUCCUCUAAGUCAUUCAAGCUGUACUCGCCAAAGGAGCCCCCGAACGGCAACGCCUUCCCCCCCUUCCACCCAGGCACCAUGCUGGAUCGAGAUGUGGGACCUACUCCUAUGUACCCACCGACGUACCUGGAGCCCGGAAUUGGGAGGCACACGCCGUACGGGAACCAGACCGACUACAGGAUAUUUGAGCUCAACAAGCGGCUGCAGAACUGGACGGAGGAAUGUGACAAUCUGUGGUGGGAUGCCUUCACCACAGAAUUCUUUGAGGAUGAUGCCAUGUUAACAAUCACUUUCUGCUUGGAGGAUGGACCAAAGAGAUACACAAUUGGCCGGACUCUGAUUCCCCGUUACUUCCGCAGCAUCUUUGAAGGGGGAGCCACAGAGCUCUACUACGUGCUCAAGCACCCCAAGGAGUCCUUCCACAACAACUUUGUCUCGCUGGACUGUGACCAGUGCACCAUGGUCACCCAGCACGGCAAGCCCAUGUUCACCCAGGUGUGUGUGGAGGGGCGGCUCUACCUGGAGUUCAUGUUUGAUGACAUGAUGAGGAUAAAGACGUGGCAUUUCAGCAUCCGCCAGCAUCGAGAACUUAUUCCUCGCAGCAUCCUUGCCAUGCAUGCACAGGAUCCCCAGAUGCUGGACCAGUUAUCCAAGAACAUCACACGCUGUGGGCUCUCAAACUCCACACUCAACUACCUCCGACUCUGUGUAAUCCUAGAACCAAUGCAGGAGCUCAUGUCACGGCACAAGACCUACAGCCUCAGUCCCCGGGACUGCCUCAAGACUUGCCUCUUCCAGAAGUGGCAGCGGAUGGUUGCUCCACCCGCUGAGCCAGCACGGCAGCAGCCCAGCAAGCGCCGGAAAAGGAAGAUGUCGGGGGGCAGCACCAUGAGCUCUGGUGGGGGAAACACCAACAACAGCAACAGCAAGAAGAAGAGCCCAGCCAGCACCUUUGCCCUGUCCAGUCAGGUACCUGAUGUGAUGGUGGUAGGCGAGCCCACGCUGAUGGGGGGGGAGUUUGGGGACGAGGACGAGCGGCUCAUCACCCGGCUGGAGAACACGCAGUUUGACGCCGCCAACGGCAUCGACGAUGAGGACAGCUUCAACAACUCGCCGGCGCUGGGGGCCAACAGCCCCUGGAACAGCAAACCGCCCUCCAGCCAGGAGAGCAAGUCAGAGAACCCCACGUCGCAGGCGUCGCAGUAACGGCCCCCCCGCCGCCCCGUGGACUCAGUCCCAACCAAUCUACCUGUACAUUUGCAACGGAGAGUGACUGGGGAGUGGCGAGGUACCGGGGGCGGAUCAGCGCCGCACGGAUGAUGGGGUGCACGGCCCUGGGGAGCCCCCAGCCGCCACCCCCGCCGCCUCCCCGCACCCCACACCUGCCUCCCUGACGGACCCCAGGGCAGGGGUGGGUUUCCGGGGCCGUAGCUUCAUUAUUCCCCCUUCGCUUUCCUUUUCUGCUUCUUGCCCAGAGAGCUUCUCAUCCCUGUCCCAACAUGCCCGACCCCUCCCUGCUGAGUGAGGGGGAAUUAGUGGGGAGGUGUUGGCAGCGGCUGGCGUUACCAGAUGCCGUGUGCUGGGGUCUGGCACAGCACGGAGACCCUCCUGUCCCCUGGGCCCUGUGGCUGGUGUUUGCUGAGCAGCCACUUGAAGUGGGAUUGCACAUCCCUAGUCCGACGUGGAGCUUGUUGGGAGAGGCAGUGAUGGAAAGCCUUCCCUGUGCCUCGGGCUCUGCCGUGGAGCUUCCUCUGGCCAGGGUCAGAUCCUGCAGUGCUGGGAUGGUGUUGAGGAUAGGGCCCUGUCGCGUUUUCCCACUCUCCUGCACCUUCCCCUUCCCCUCGCUCCCCAGAGCGAGAGCGCAGCACAGCCAUGGGGGGACUCUUGUAUAUAGGAAGUGCGUGGUGGGGGACCAGGGGGGCACGGAGGACCUGCGGCUCUGCUGGAGCAGCCGGUGCCCUUGUUCCCUGCCUGCAGCCCCUGUGUUUCCCUCCACCCUGCGUGAAUCUGCCUGGGGCCCCUUUGCAACCCCUGGCUCCUGGUACCUCCUACUUUUGUCUUUUUUUAAGAAAAAAAAAUAAUAUUAUUAAAUUGUAAGUUUAAAAAAAAAGAAAAAAAAUGGGAAAAUACCCCCUCAGCCCCCUUGCCCAUUCCCCCCUCCUGCCCUGAGCCCUUUGACCCUGUCCUGACUUUUGUACAGGCUUCUUCUCUUGGAAGUCUCAUUUUAUAUCCAGUUCGGAGAGCUUCAAACCAAGGAGAGACUUUGCAGACUUCCUUUCUAAUCCCUCCAGAGGCCGGGGGGGGGCAGCCCCCCGCCUCCCUUCUCAAUGUAAAUCUUGUGUGCUGUUGUCCCCGCUCCCCCCUCGGGUUCGUGUACCUCGUGCUUGUACAUUUCCGCGCUGUAGACAGUGUGUACGAUACUGUUCUUUCAAUGUGUUAUCACUAGAGCAGGUGCCUCCAUUGAUGUUAGGGGAAACGAUGAGAAAAUAAUUUUGGGUGGUUUUUUUUUUUUUUUUUUUUUGGUUUAAAAAAAAAGAAAAAGAGAAAAAAAAUAA